AUGGCAACCAUGGUAUCAUUUCACUCAUUUUUCUUCAUAUCUCUUGCAAUAUCCAUCAUAUUUAUCUCUAGAUUCUCCAUCACAAAAGCUAACAAUGGCGGUUUCACUGUGGAUCUAAUACACCGAGACUCGCCAAAAUCUCCAUUCCACAACCCUUCUCUAACUCCUUCACAACCCCUGAACAAUGCUUUGCAACGUUCAUUUUCCCGUGUUCAUUGUCUCAUGUCAUUCUCUCCUCUAUCAGCUUCAGCCAAUGUAACCCCCAAUGGUGGAGAAUAUAUCAUGAAGAUAUCCAUGGGGACCCCACUGGUUCAAAUUCCUGCAAUUGUCGAUACUGGUAGUGACCUUAUAUGGACACAAUGCUACAACCAGAAGCCUCCUUUCUUUAGCCCAAACAGUUCUUCUUCAUAUAAAGUGGUACCUUGUGGUUCAAAACAAUGCCUAUCUUUUCCAAGAACUUCUUGCCUCCCAACUACGAAUACUUGCCAGUACUCAGUCAGUUAUGGAGACAAAUCUUUCAGUCGCAGUGAUCUCGCCACUGAAACAGUAAAAUUGGGUUCCACCACCCUCCGCGACAUCAUUUUUGGCUGUGGACACGACAAUGGCGGCACGUUCAGCAAUGCUGGAGCUGGCAUAGUUGGCCUCGGAGAUGGGAUCUUCCAUUGGAGGCAAAUUUUCUUAUUGCUUGGUGCCAAUGUCUGCCCAAAACACCAAGGCCAGCAAAAUGAAUUUUGGAGGCAGUGGUGUGGUUUCAGGGCGUGGGGUGGUUUUAACUCCAAUAGUCUCAAAAUCCCUUAUGUUUUCUAUUUCUUGACACUGGAAGGAAUCAGUGUUGCAAACAAAAGGUUGGACUUUUACAUGUCCUCAGCCUCAUCAAAUGCUUCUAAGUUAGCUCAGGCCAGUAACAUUGUCAUUGACUCUGGUUCAACCCUGACCCUCCUUCCGCCAGAUCUCUACAGCCGGGGUGGAGACUUGAAGUUGAAUCCAUUGAACACCUUUGUUAGGACUAGCUUGUUUUCCAUAUGCUUGGGUUUUGCCCCAGCUGGAGAGAUCGCCAUUUAUGGUAACCUGGCACAGAUGAACUUCUAUGUGGGCUAUGACCUAAAGAAGAAGAUGAUUACCUUUAAACCUAUGGAUUGCACCGAAUAG